CCAUAAGAGAGAACCAGACAUGGAAAUGGAUCAAUACAACACAUUUUAAUAUUUCUCAAACUUUUUUUUUCUUUUUUUCUUUCUUACGUGAAAAUGGGAAUCUGUUGUGUUGGGCUUCAAUUUUCUUCUCAACAUUCGCCCUGUUUCGUUCUGAAGAGUCCUAAAUCAUCGUCACCCAUUGGUAGAAGGAAGUUCUUGCUAUCCUCUCAACUUCUUCCUAAUCCGUUCCUCCAAAUUCUUGGCACAGACCACUCUUUUCUCCACUAUAACAUCUCAAGCUCCCGCUCAGUGAGGUUUCCAGCAAAACCCAUUUCUUCGGAGGCUUGGGAUUUUGGCAGGUUUUUGAGAACACUCUACUUUUUCAACGUACCACCAUCUCCUGCCAAGUUCUUCGAGUCUCUGAUUGCUAAACUGUCGGGUCCAUCACCAAGCAAACCCGUCGAAGAAAUGGAAACUUCUGGGUUCAUUCUCGUGGCUGGAGCAACGGGUGGGGUCGGUAGAAGGGUGGUUGAUAUCCUGAGGGAAAAGGGGUUGCCAGUCCGAGCUUUGGUCAGAAAUGAAGAGAAGGCAAGGAAGAUGCUAGGCCCUGACAUUGACUUGAUUGUUGGGGAUGUUACAAAGGGGAGCACUUUGGCACCUGAGAACUUUAAGGGAGUGAGGAAAGUUAUUAAUGCUGUCUCCGUCAUUGUUGGGCCAAAGGAAGGAGACACUCCAGACAGGGCAAAGUAUAGCCAAGGGAUCAAGUUCUUUGAACCUGAGAUCAAAGGUGAUUCGCCAGAAAUGGUGGAAUUUAUUGGAAUGAAAAAUUUGAUCAAUGCUGUGAAGAAAAGUGUUGGACUUCGAAAUGGAAGGUUACUUUUUGGAUUUGAAGGAAACAAUCUCAAAGAAAUUCCUUGGGGUGCUUUAGAUGAUGUGGUGAUGGGUGGAGUGAGUGAAAGUUCGUUUCAAAUUGACUUGAAAGGUGGCGAAAAUGGAGGACCAACUGGAGUAUUUAAAGGUGUUGUUUCAACUGCAAACAAUGGUGGCUUUACUAGUGUCCGGACAAGGAAUUUUUCUGUACCAGAAGAUCUAUCUGCUUAUGAUGGAUUGGAGUUGCGUCUCAAAGGAGAUGGUCGUCGGUAUAAGCUGAUUGUGCGUACCAGCACAGAUUGGGAUACUGUUGGUUAUACAGCCGGCUUUGACACUGCAAAAGGCCAAUGGCAGUCAAUUCGUGUGCCAUUUUCCUCUUUGAGGCCAAUAUUUCGAGCUCGAACUGUCACAGAUGCCCCACCUUUUGACCCUAGAAAUAUUAUAUCACUUCAGCUCAUGUUUAGCAAGUUCGAGUAUGAUGGGAAACUCAAUCCAACUUUUGUGGAAGGUGCAUUUCAACUUCCAUUAUCAUGUAUACGGGCGUAUAUAAAGGAUCCUAUAACUCCCAGGUUUGUCCAUGUGAGUUCUGCUGGAGUUACGCGACCCGAUAGGCCUGGGCUUGAUCUCAGCAAACAACCUCCUGCCGUCCGCUUGAAUAAAGAAUUGGAUUUUAUUCUUACAUUCAAAUCGAAGGGAGAGGACUUAAUUCGGGAAAGCGGAAUCCCAUAUGCAAUUGUUAGACCUUGUGCGUUAACUGAAGAACCUGCUGGUGCAGAUCUCAUUUUUGAUCAAGGAGAUAAUAUUACGGGUAAGAUAUCGAGGGAAGAGAUCGCUCGUAUCUGCAUCGCUACUUUGGAAAGUCCAUAUGCAUGUGACAAAACGUUUGAGGUUAAAAGUGUGAUUCCAUUUAGUGAGCCAUUCACUGUGGACCCUGAGAACCCACCCCCAGAAAAAGACUAUAAUAUUUACUUCAAAACCUUGAAGGAUGGCAUUACUGGGAAAGAACUCCUUGAGCAAACUCCUGCUCCAGUUUGAUUCCUUUUUGAAACGUAUUCUACAGAAAGCAUUGUUGGGUUCAUUUUUGGUAGACCAGAUUUGGUAGGGACUUUAAAAGAAAAGCUAAAUGUAUGUAUGAUCUUUUCUGCAACUUUACUGAUUAGAGGUCACAGUAUUUGUGUAUGACAGCAAACUGUCCACUGUUAAACAAGGUGCAUGGAAUUUUAUAGAUUGCACCUCUUCUGUAAGAUUGUUGUCUUUUAUGAGUAACCUUAGAUAAAAUUUUAUUUAAAAAACUUCAA